CCUCGUAUUAGUAUGCUUUCAUGAAAUACUGAUUGAUUUUAGUAGCAUAUCUACCAUCAUCGUCAAUAGACAAACGGAUGGUUCUUUACUCUAACCGUCUUAAGAGAUAAAGAGAGCACAGGACAGUGAGUAAGAUCACUUUUUGAUGAAUUGAAGAAGAGGCAGUGCAUGGAAGCGAGAGCAAAAUGUGAAACGACAGUGAGUGAAUUUUUUCGGUUGGUUGUGGCGUAACGAGAGGUAGAGUGAAUCAUGAAGGCUGAUGAGUGAGAGGGGAAUAAAAACAGAUAGCAGAUAAAGUGAGAUCGCAACAUUAUACUACGGAAAGUUCUUGUUGGGAUUGCUUGCGAGUGAGAUGAAUGUUAAAAACAGACAAAACAGUGACAGCAGCUGCCAAUUAAAAUGACAGUGGUAAGUUGUCAUUGAAAAAUAGCGCGUAUUCUUCCAGCCACACACAAAAUCAUUCUUGAAAGUAUUCGUCAUUAGCACGCUAUUUUGGCAGCAAAGUAACGAAACAAUAUCGAACGCAAUGGCGCAAUUCGAGCGUAGAUCAAUUGUAAACGGUGCUCUGCUGAAAAAGCACAUUGGUAAACCAGUAAGCAUCCAUCUGAAAGUAGCCAGCGCGGAUGAUGGCUGCAAGUCGUUCAGCGGCAAAUCAACAGAUGGUGUUAACGUUCAAGUGAUGCUAUCGGAGCCAUUGAAUGGUGCUUGCGCCGAGUGGGUCGAGGUACUAGGAGUCUCGGCACCCAACGACACGGUCCGAGCUAAGGAAAUCAUAACAUACUUCAACAGCGGCGAGAAAACUGAAGAUUUUGAUGUGGAUGGGCAUAACAUGCUUUGCACAUUAUUAUCUGUAUGCAAAGAACCAUUUUACAUCGGUUCAUAGAUAUAGUGUAAAGAUUAAUA